AUGGCCGACGGGCUCGCCUUCCGACUCCGGUCGGGCGUCCUCGCGCCGCUGGAAGACCAUCUCGCAGCGAUUCUCAUCACGUCGCUGCAAUGUUUCGCGCAGGUCAGGAGGCUCCUCCCCCCGCUUCUGCGCCGGCACAGGAUGGCGCUGCUCACGGCCCCCGCGGUGUUCGCCGCGCUCCUGCUCUUCUGGGCCGUGCUCGGCGGCACCGACGCCGACUACGUGCUCUACAAGGACGCCACCAAGCCCGUGGAGGACCGCGUUGCCGACCUCCUGGGGAGGAUGACGCUGGCGGAGAAGAUCGGGCAGAUGACCCAGAUCGAGCGGCUCGUCGCCACGCCGGACGUGCUCCGGGACAACUUUAUCGGCAGCCUGCUCAGUGGCAGCGGCAGCGUGCCGCGCAAGGGGGCCACGGCCAAGGAGUGGCAGGACAUGGUGGACGGCUUCCAGAAGGCCUGCAUGUCCACACGGCUCGGCAUCCCCAUGAUCUAUGGCAUCGACGCCGUGCACGGCCAGAACAACGUCUACGAAGCCACCAUCUUCCCCCACAACGUCGGCCUCGGCACCACCCGGGACCCGUACCUCGUGAAGAGGAUCGGCGAGGCCACCGCGCUCGAAGUCAGAGCCACCGGCAUCCAGUACGCCUUCGCGCCGUGCAUCGCGGUGUGCAGAGAUCCGAGGUGGGGGCGGUGCUAUGAGAGCUACAGCGAGGAUCGCCGGAUCGUGCAGUCCAUGACGGAGCUCAUCCCCGGCCUGCAGGGCGAUGUCCCCAAGGACUUCACCAGCGGCAUGCCCUUCGUCGCCGGAAAGAACAAGGUGGCUGCUUGCGCCAUGCACUUUGUGGGCGACGGCGGCACGGUGGACGGUAUCAACGAGAACAACACCAUCAUCAACCGUGAGGGCCUGAUGAACAUCCACAUGCCGGCGUACAAGAACGCCAUGGACAAGGGCGUCUCCACCGUCAUGAUCUCCUACUCCAGCUGGAACGGGGUCAAGAUGCACGCCAAUCAAGACCUCGUCACCGGAUACCUCAAGGACACGCUCAAAUUGAAGGGCUUCAUGAUCUCAGACUGGGAGGGCAUUGACAGGAUCACCACCCCUGCCGGAUCUGACUACUCCUACUCGGUCAAGGCUUCCAUUCUUGCCGGCCUUGACAUGAUCAUGGUGCCGAACAACUACCAGCAGUUCAUCAGCAUCCUGACUGGCCAUGUCAACGGCGGCGUCAUCCCCAUGAGCAGGAUCGACGAUGCCGUGACCCGGAUCCUGCGGGUCAAGUUCACCAUGGGUCUCUUCGAGAACCCCUACGCUGACCCUGCCAUGGCCGAGCAGCUAGGAAAGCAGGACCACAGGGAUUUGGCGAGGGAGGCGGCGAGGAAGUCGCUGGUGCUGCUGAAGAACGGUAAGACUUCGACCGACGCGCCGCUUCUGCCGCUGCCCAAGAAGGCGGCCAAGAUCCUGGUCGCCGGGAGCCACGUCGACAACCUGGGCUACCAGUGCGGCGGCUGGACCAUCGAGUGGCAGGGAGACACGGGCCGCACCACCGUGGGCACCACCAUCCUUGAGGCGGUGAAGGCGGCCGUGGACCCGUCGAUGGUCGUGGUGUCGGGCGCGGCCGCCGUUAGGGCGGAGGUUGGCGGCGUCGUGCGCGGCCGCCGUCAGGGCGGAGGUUGGCGGCGUCGGGUGUAG